AAAGCUUGUUGAUUGUUCAAGAAUCAAGAUAAUAAUAUUUUAUUAGAUAUUAAUGCAUUCCUUUGAUUUUGAUAAAUUUGUUAAAAACAAGAUAACUGUUCGCUGAAAUAAGUACCUAUUCGUAAUGUUGAAAUAGGCUGUUAGGUUUCUAGGUGAAUGAUUUAAUGAUUGAAUGUUGUACACUCAGUAUCGACGUCUGGUUCUAGGCAGCUGCCAGUUAUAUACUCCGGUUACUAAUAUUUUUUACUUUUGAUAUUUGUAUAGGCAUCUACAUAGCUAAGUACCUACAUAGUUUAUUUCAAUUCUAAAAAAAUGAAAACCGAACAAAUAUUCGUGUGUUUAUUUAUUCUUCUAUAUUGGUCUGACACAGUUACCUCCAACAUUUUACCCAAUAUAUUUCGUCGUAAACCAUCAACGCAAGGACCAUCUUCGACAAUAGAUCACCAGGUAGACCCACGGAUAUGUUAUAAGAAUCCAUCACAAAGAAAAGGAUUUGCAGCCAAAGUCGAACAAGUUGAUAUCGCAGCAUCUGGUUUUGAAGUCUUUAUUCAAAAUUGUGAUUUUUAUGCCGACAAGACCGAAUUGAUUCGUAACGUUACACACACCGAGACCAAAAUUAUUGUCAUCACCCUGGCCAAAGGUCGUGGCAAGACAACGAUUUUGAAUAUGCUUCACGCUUUUCUAGAAAUGCCAGUAGCUGAAAAUGGCGACAUUUUGGAGUUAAAUUCAACAUUCUCUUAUAAUUUUUUCGCUAAUGGCAAAGUCAUUUCUUCAAGAGGUAAUCUCGUGAACGUCUGUUUUGAUCCGCCACCAAUGAUUUCCCAGUUUCGGGAUGAUAUUUCGGACAGCUUGGGAAAAUAUACCAUAAUUCAUAUGGAUUUUUCCGAUAUUGAGUCCAGUAUAAACGGAGUUAGAUUUAAAAUCGUCGAAAUUUUCAAAAAAUUUACAUAUUUACGGCGCAGUAAAUACGAGAAGGAUUAUAACGAUCAACUUCACAAAAUUACACAGAGACAAACCAGUCAACACGAAUUAAUUAAAAGCAUUCCUCUUCUGUGCGAACUGCUGUUCAAAUUUCAUGGAAUGUACGUCAUGAUACUGAUCGACGAAUACGAUCGUUUUAUAAAUCAGAUUGUUUCACCACCAUAUGAUGAAAAACAUAUCGAUCAAGACCAAGAUGAACUUCUGCGCUUUUAUAGCAAUUUCUUGAUCAAUUCAGUUGAAACGAAUUCUUUCAUCACACGUGCCGUUCUAACCGGGACCGUUGCAGUGGCCAAAUUGACUAAAUUGCCGAAUUGGAACAGAGGUUCAUUUUUGAACAUCAUUAAUCUGCAGCAAAUAACAGAGGCGAUAUCCGAAGAAAUGGAUUACAGUGUUACAGUUACCACACAGCCAACUCGGAAUGAAGCAUACCAAAAAAUAAAUGAAAAAAAACCGCGAAACCAAGGAUCAAUUUCGCCAUCACAUUACCUGGUACAGGUAUGCACAAAAGAUCCACCAGAAAAAUUUGUACCACGAGGCAAAUUCGGAGCAAUUUGUCUCGGAGCAUCUACUUUUAAACAAUUAAUUCAAUAUAGCCAAUUUUAUGCCGAUAAAUCAGGAUUAAUUCUGGAAAUUAUGAACAAUGCACACUCGAUUAUUGUAAUUACUGCGGCACGACGUUGGGGCAAAUCAAUGAAUUUGGACAUGAUUCGCACGUUUCUAGAAGUACCUCGAGUAGCGAAGACGAAUGGCAUCAUUUCGGAUUCGGAUAUUAAUAAAACAUUCGCAUUCAAUUAUUUCGCAAAUGGUGUAGUCAUUUCUUCAAGAGGUAAAGACAUGAAGGUCCGUGUUAAUCCGCCACCAAUUACUUCCCAGUUUCCAGAGGAUAUUUCAAAGCACUUGGGAAGAUAUCCCGUAAUUCAUUUAGAUUUUGCACAGAUUACACCGGAUGUAAACGGUGUUAGAGAGAAAAUGAAAGAAAUUUUCACAAACCAUUUAUAUUUAAUGGAUUACAUUGAACAAAAGAGCACUUCCACGGGUUCUAAUGUUUGGAAAAAGAAGUUGGAUAGAUUCAACAGAGCUACAAACGGAGAAAUCAGUGAAGCUGAAGUAAUUACCAGCAUUCGUUUUCUUUCUGAAUUCUUAAACGAAUUUUUUGGAAAAAAAACUAUUAUAUUGAUCGACGAGUACGAUCAAUUUAUAAACCGGCUUACUUUACCGCAAUAUGUUAGAAAAGGAAAUGACCAAAGCACACUUCUGGAUUUUUAUCGUGAUUUUUUGAUUGAUUCUGUUAAAUUAAAUCCACACCGACUACGAGCUGUUCUAACAGGGAUCAUAAGAGUAACGGAUUUAACCGGAUUGUCGAAUUGGGAGACAGGAUCGGAAUUUGUGAACUUCAUUGAGCCCAGCCGUUACAGCAACUUUUAUGGAUUCACCAGGCCGGAAGUGGAGGCAAUGUUCGAAUUAGCUCAUGAUCCAAAAUAUUAGUCGACUUAUGAAAUUUUUCUGAUACAAAAUUACACGAUAGAUGAAGUCAUGGAAUAUUACGACGGGUACACAACGUAUGACGAAGAUGCCACAUCUAUAUUUUCGGUACUUUCAUUGGUGGGAUUUUUUAAUUCCGGCAUAUUGAAAUCGUACUGGGCCCGAUCAUCCUCGGUUUACGUGUUUUGGAAACUUUUUCGAUUCCCUACAUUUUAUAAGACUGUGUCGAAACUUUGUGAAGGAGGUACAGCUACGAUGGAUGUGGAUGUAAUAAAAGAUAUCAAAACGAAACAAUUAGAUCGGAUUUAUAAUUUUACCCAUAAUGAUGCCAUCGUAGAGGGAUUCAAUGCGGAAGACAACGAUGCAGUAUUCGGUCUGCUGGCUUUCAUGGGGUACGCGACGGCGGAGAAAAAUUCUCUCCAUGUAAUCGACAAGGUCGAGAAGUUCCGGAUGCGCCUGCCCAAUACAGAAAUCAAAUUCAUGCUAUGCGAACAAUUAUUGCAUUUCAACCAUCCUUGACCUAGAAAUCAAUAGCGUAGCUGCAAAUAUGGUACAAAAAUGUAAAGGAACUGGCCUAAAAGAAAAAUCGUUGGCAAAUGGUAUGAAGAACGUCCUCAUACAAUCUGCCCCCAGGUUGAAGUGAAUUGAAACGUUCUUCUAUCAGAUUCAUUCGAUUCGAUAUAGAUUCGAUGAAGUGACGAAUAUUGAUGUACUUCUUGAUGUCUUUUUAUAUCUAAAAACAGAGAGCAAAAAGGAGGCAGCGUGAAUGAUACCUAGUUGAAAAUUGAAAGUUCAGUUUAUUAUAGUUAUAUUUUCGUUUAGUUUACUUACCUCAUUUUCGUGAUUGAUCUGUCACAUUUUUAACUUUCAAUUGUGAUGAUUCGGUAAUAAAAAAUGAAUAUGUUUUUCCAUUUCAUUUAUCAAUUCUUUUAGUCGGGGAGCCCACUUAAGGAUCUAUUGCACCCCCCUCCGGUCGAUCCUCCGGGACAACUUUUUUCUUAAAGGGGGAGUCUUAAGGAACAUUUCUAGCCCUUGUACUAGAAAAAAAGUAGCCCUACUUACAAAAUGGCGGCCAUUUUGAUUGACAGGUCAGCCGAAAUCGCAGAUUUUGCAUUCCAUCACAAGACUUGC